AUGACAAAGGACACAGAAGGAAGCACACUACUGGCCAAGGAUCCAGGCCGCGGGCCUAGAAGGCUCAAGGACGAGCAGCUGAAGGCCAAGCUGAAGGAGCUGCAGGAGGAAAAAGAGGCUGAGAAACGGGCCAAGAUCGAGAGAAUCAAGGAAAGACGGGCUAAGAAAGAGGAAAAGGAGCGGUACGAGCGUUUGGCCGCUGUGAUGCACGCCAAAAAGGUCGAGCGACUCAAGAGACGCGAGAAAAGAAACAAGUUGUUAAAGGAGCGCUAA